GCUGCAGCGCGGAGCGGGGUCGGAGCGCGGCGCGCACAGAGAGCAGAGCCAUGGCUGGGGAUGGCGAGGGACGCGGCCACACACCCGCCGCGGCCGCGGCUGCGGGGCCCGGCCUGAGGGAGCGGCGGCCCUAGGACCGGCCCGGCGGCGCCAGCCGGCAGCGGGAAAAAACAAAUAAAUACGUUGCCACAAAAUAAAAAUUAAAAGGAAAAAAAAAAAAAAGGAAAAAAAAAAAUAAAAACCAACCAACCAACCAACCAAAACCGGGAAAGCCAGCAGCCCGGCAACAGCAGCAGCAGCACCGCCACCACCAGCCCGCAGCGCUCGCCCGCCGCCGCCGGCCCGCGGGAGCAACCGGCCGCCGCCAAGAGCUCCGGGACGCCCCGCCGCCCACCAGAUAGAUGUGCGGUCCCGCCGCCCGCACGGCCGACGAUGAACGCGCAGCUGGCGAUGGAGAACAUCGGCGAUCUGCACGGGGUGAGCCAUGAGCCGGUGCCCGCCGGCGCCGACCUGAUGAGCGGCAGCCCCCACCACCGGAGCGCGGUGGCCCACCGCGGCAGCCACCUGCCGGCCCACCCGCGCUCCAUGGGCAUGGCGUCCAUCCUCGACGGCGGCGACUACCACCACCACCACCGGCCGCCCGAGCACGCGCUGACCGGCCCCCUGCACCCCACCAUGACCAUGGCCUGCGAGACACCCCCCGGCAUGAGCAUGAGCAGCACCUACACCACGUUAACCCCUCUGCAGCCUCUACCUCCCAUCUCGACGGUCUCGGACAAGUUCCCUCACCACCACCACCACCAUCACCACCAUCACCAUCCCCACCAGCGGAUACCGGGCAACGUGAGCGGCAGCUUCACGCUCAUGCGGGACGAGAGGGGUCUGGCGUCUAUGAACAAUCUCUACACCCCCUACCACAAGGAUGUUACCGGCAUGGGGCAGAGCCUCUCUCCGUUGUCUGGAUCGGGCCUGGGGAGCAUCCACAACUCCCAGCAAGGGCUGCCCCACUACGCUCACCCCAGUGCCACCAUGCCCGCCGAGAAAAUGCUCACCCCGAACGGAUUUGAAGCCCACCACCCUGCCAUGUUAGCCAGGCAUGGCGACCAACACCUCACCCCCACCUCCGCUGGCAUGGUGCCUAUCAACGGGAUCCCACACCACCCCCAUGCCCACUUGAAUGCCCAGAGCCACGGGCAGAUACUGGGCUCUGCCAGGGAGCAAAACCCUUCUGUAACUGGUUCGCAGGUCAACAGUGGAAGUAAUUCAGGGCAAAUGGAAGAAAUCAAUACCAAAGAAGUAGCUCAGAGGAUCACCACCGAGCUCAAGCGGUACAGCAUCCCCCAGGCUAUCUUCGCCCAGAGGGUGCUGUGCCGCUCUCAAGGGACGCUCUCAGACCUGCUGAGGAACCCCAAGCCUUGGAGCAAGCUCAAAUCCGGCCGGGAGACCUUCCGCAGAAUGUGGAAGUGGCUCCAGGAGCCGGAGUUUCAGCGGAUGUCUGCUCUGCGGCUUGCAGCGUGCAAGAGGAAAGAACAAGAGCACGGGAAGGACAGAGGGAAUACACCCAAAAAGCCUCGGCUGGUCUUCACCGAUGUCCAGCGUCGAACUCUACAUGCAAUAUUCAAGGAAAAUAAGCGUCCAUCCAAAGAGUUACAAAUCACCAUUUCCCAGCAGCUCGGGUUGGAGCUGAGCACCGUCAGCAACUUUUUCAUGAAUGCACGGAGGAGGAGUCUGGAUAAGUGGCAAGACGAGGGCAGCUCCAAUUCAGGCAACUCAUCUUCUUCAUCAAGCACUUGUACCAAAGCAUGAAGGAAUAACCACGAACUGAAACCUCGGUGGAAAAGCUUUAAAAAUAAAUAAAUAAAUAAAUAAAGACAGACCAGGACCUCGAAAUAGCAGGUUUAUACUUAAAACUAUUUGAAAAAAAAAUAAUAUUUAUAAGUCCAAAGAAACCAAAGACUUAUUUCACCUGCAUUAUGACUUUGUUCUAAGACACACACUUUAGUAGGAUGACGACUUGCAAAAAACAGAGAGGAAGAAGGAAGCGAAAUGGAGGGAAGGAAACGGGAAGCGAAGAGAAGAGGAGCAGACCACUGGUCUUACACCUUUGCCCAUCAUCAUCUUCACCGUACUUGGCUGUUUAGUGGUUUGGAGCAUAGUGGUUCCCUGUCAUUGAGCAGACAUCUCUUUGGAUACAGCUCUUCACGUCCACAGCAGUGCCAUGGAGGUGUUGGGUGUAUCUGCACGCCAGUGGGUAGGGACCUAGGGCUGGUCUCAGAGAGGGCUGUGCCCGGGCACAGCUGACAAAGCGUGGAGUCGUCUGAAUUCCUUGGAAUGGUAGUGUGAUUUUUGCUGUUUCACAGUUUGAGCUUGACUGGUGCAAUGCCUUGAAACAAGUUCAAACUAGGCAAAGAAAUUUUGAAUGGUACCUAAACCAGUGCAUUCUCUUUGUUUGUUAAGGAAUGUUCAGAUUUAAAAAAGGAAAACUAUUCCAUCCAUAAAAAAAAUCGACUAGCUACCAAAGAACACAUUUAAUAAUUAUAUUGCAGGUAUUUUAUUGCAAUGAUUUUAAUAUUCCAAAGCUAUUUUUACACAAAUACUAUGUAGAAUUAUAGGUAUAAACUAAUCUAACUGUAUAACACAUAAAACUUGUAACCAAGACUGUUAUUUGCAAUUAGUAAAACCACAUUAUUGUUUCUUUCUGCGGUUGGCAAGAAAGAAUGUCACCCGAGGAGAUCACAGCCCCUGGCAGAGCACAGGAGCUGAGAACGGGACCCUGCUCACGUUGAACUCAGUGAGCCCUUCCCUCACUGGCUUCAACGGGAGCACGAGGAGCCGCGCGCUGGAGCCGAGUGUGACACUGUGUGACACUGUGUGACAUGGUGUGACACUGUGUGACACUGUGUGACAUGGUGUGACACUGUGUGACACUGUGUGACACUGUGUGACAUGGUGUGACACUGUGUGUGACACUGUGUGACACUGUGUGACACUGUGUGACAUGGUAUGACACUGUGUGUGGCACUGUGUGACACUGUGUGACACUGUGUGUGUGACACGGUGUGACACUGAGUGUGUGACACUAUGUGUGACACGGUGUGGCACUGUGACAGUGUGGCACUGUGUGACACGGUGUGACAUGGUGUGGCACUGGGUGACACUCUGUGUGUGACACUGUGACACUCUGUGUGUGACACUGUGUGACACUGUGUGGCACUGUGGCACUGUGUGUGUGACACUGUGUGUGACACUGUGUGGCACUGUGUGGCACUGUGUGGCACGGUGUGGCACUGUGUGUGUGACACUAUGUGUGACACUCUGUAUGUGACACUGUGUGGCACUAUGUGACACGGUGUGACACGGUGUGGCACUGUGUGUGUGACACUGUGACACUCUGUAUGUGACACUGUGUGGCACUGUGUGGCACUGUGUGACACUGUGUGGCACUGUGUGUGUGACACUAUGUGUGACACUGUGUAGCACUGUGUGACACGGUGUGACACUGUGUGGCACUGUGUGUGUGUCACUCUGUGUGACACUCUGUGGCACUGUGUGUGUGACACUCUGUAUGUGACACCGUGUCACACUGUGUGGCACUGUGUGUGUGUCGCUCUGUGUGGCACUGUGUGACACUCUGUGUGACACUGUCACUCUGUGUGGCACUGUGUGACACUCUGUGUGACACUGUGUGACACUCUGUGUGGCACUCUGUGUGUCACUCUGUGUGACACUGUGUGACACUGUGUGGCACUGUGUGUGUCGCUCUGUGUGACACUGUGUGACACUCUGUGUGGCACUGUGUGUGUGACACUUUGUGUGACACUGUGUGACACUCUGUGUGGCACUCUGUGUGACACUGUGUGACACUGUGUGGCACUGUGUGACACUCUGUGUGGCACUGUGUGUGUGACACUCUGUGUGACACUGUGUGACACUGUGUGACACUCUGUGUGACACUGUGUGACACUCUGUGUGGCACUCUGUGUGGCACUCUGUGACACUCUGUGUGGCACUCUGUGUGUGUGUGGCACUCUGUGUGACACUGUGUGACACUCUGUGUGACACUGUGUGACACUCUGUGUGGCACUCUGUGUGUGUCACUCUGUGUGGCACUGUGUGUCACUCUGUGUGGCACUGUGUGACUGUGUGUGGCACUCUGUGGCACCGUCCCCAGGCCUGUCCCGCCCGUCCCGCUGGCUCAGCUCUGCGGUCCAGCCUGCCAGCAGCAGCCUGAGGCGCUCGGGAUGCAGAACCACCCUGACAGCAGCGAGCUUUUCUGCUGCCUGUGCACUUUGCCAGCGAAGGGACAGUGGCAGCUGUGGAGGCCCGUGGUCCUUUCCUGCUGGGAACAGUGGUGGGACACCAGUGAAUGCUCUGGGAGGAGCUCCAGGGUGCUUUGGGAAGGAGGAACUGUGAUCCCUCGGAAGAGCAGCAUCCCCAUCACACCGAGAUACAGCCCGAUUCUGUGGCUGUGUAUCUGUGUGCAGCAGGCUGAGCUCUUGUCCCAUACAUUCUUUCUUGCUCGUCUAUUAGUCAGGAUAAUGCAUGAAAUAGUUUCAAGUUUGUAGCUGAAAAGCUUUAAGUGCUUUGUUGCUAACAGACCCAUAGGAGAGAAAUCAUCCCAUUCCUACUCUGAUAAAAUUAAAGAGAAAAGCGUGCAACAUCUGCAUAUUAAAUUUUAAUGUAAGGAGAAAAUAGACUUUAGAGAACAUACAUGUGCCUGUUAGGUUUCUAACUGGUAUUUCAAAUUACUGUAGUAAUUAUGCUAGGUAUAUUAAAUUCCACAAUAACCAAAUAUGCAGGUAUAGGCCCAAUGCAAGGACUAGAAAUAGAUAAUCUUACUUUUUGUUUUUAAGGGAAAAAAAAAAAAAGAUAGAGGAAAAUUCAAGGUAAACUAGAAUCCAAACACUAUAAACAGUGGCAGGUACUGGUUUGGGGGAUGAAGCCCACUCAAAAUACCAGUGACACCAAAGUAGAGCAACUUUUGUAGCACCAGUUAUUUCCCAAGAGGACAGGGUCUACUCAAGGUUCAGGGUAUACAGUUUAUUUCCACCUAGUGUUUAAAAUACAGGUGAAAUAUCUCUUUAUUAAAAUAAAGUGAAAUAAACCCAAUAUUUUUGGCACUGAAUAUUUCUCUGUAUUUCAGUAUGUUAAACCCACUUUAAGGCUGACAAAGCAAUUAUCUAUGAAAAAGAAAUCUAAUCUGGACAUUUUUUGAGUCUAGCUUACCUUAAAUUUUAGCAAGCUUUCUUUUGAAGUGUCCCAUCCCCACAGAGACAUAAUUGACAUGGAAACACUGAUAAGCUCACACAUAAAUUACCUUAUGAAUGCAGUCUCAUUAGUGUAAGGUUAAUAUCAGACAGUGAUAACUAAUGGUUUAUUUUUUUUCCAGCAAAACACUGCUUUGUAACGUACCUAUAGUUUAGAGAAUAAAGCCUUAUUUAUUUAAAACUUGAGAAUUUAAAAAUGCAGGGAAAUUCAAAGUACAUUGCCGCAUUUUUAGUAUUUCCAUUGUAUUGUCUUUAUAGACUACUUGCUGAAACCAAAGAGAACUUUCAUACCAGCAUUAAAUUUGCACCCAAUAUGCAAUUUCAGGAUCUCUGAUACACACACAUGCAAGCCCCUAAAUAGGACUGUGUAUAUGUACAUGCACACACAUUUCUAUGGGGUGUAUGUAUGUAUGUAUACAUGUGCACACACGUGUCCACACACACUAAAACUGAUGCACAAGCUAUAGAUUUUAAGUGUUUUGGGUUUUUUACAUGUCUGUUUAAGUAGAUAUAAACCUUUUGGUUUUCUCUAAGCCAUUAGGAACAAACCACUCUUCCCAUAAGCAAUAUGCGCCUCAUACUCUGAAUAGGCAAAGAACACACUUGUCUUUAAUUUCCUUCAAAACAUGAAGCAAAUAACUCUGGAACUGCUCAGUCUACCUGGAAAGCUGUGUUACCUCUGAGCAGACUGCCCAGCCACGCUGACUGAAGCAUGGACAGCUUGCCUGGUGCUCCCUUGCUCUGACUGGUGCCAUUACCCACCAGGGCAUCCUUGAAGGGGAGUUUCUUCUAAUGCUGCAUUUAACAUUAGCCAGGAAACCUGUCUCUGUCUGUUCGUGUUAGUCUUUCAGUUCAUUUCAUUCCUGACAAAAUGAAAAUUGGUUUCAAAUUCGACAAGAGGAUCUAAAACUCUGCCAGGAAGGAUUAGGAGAGGGAGCAGAACCCGAAACAGUUUGGGAGCAUCAGGAGAUGGGGCUUCAGUCAAAGGUGACUCCAAGGGCAAGAGGGCAUUAGGAACAUGCAUCCAGCUAGCAGGCUGCAUCCAAACAUGACUGCAGUGACCACAGGGGGAGGCUGGCCGAGAGGUGAGCUGUCCACAUCCAUCCCCAUUGUAAAUGGCAUCAUUCGAUUUCUAGGAAAAAAAGAGCAAAACAAACCAAAAAAAAAAUUCUCCUUCAGACUGCCCCACAGCUCCCUUAGCCCUGUGGCUUUCCAGGGCUGCAGCCUCCUCUCCUUACUCAGGUAAAGCAAACCCCACCAGAGCCAGCCAGCCACGGUUCUCCUGCUUGGGAAGGUGCUCCUGCACACCCAGUGCAGGAGCAAAUCCCCAGGGCUGGGCUGGGCUGGGCUGGCUGAGAACAGCCCCAGGGCUGGGCUGAGAGCAGCCCCAGGGCUGGGCUGGGCUAGGCUGGCUGAGAGCAGCCCCAGGGCUGCCCUGGCACCGAUCCUCUCCUGGCAUUGCAGGAAAAGGCUGCAAAAGGUGGAGGUGGGCACUGCCCCAGGGGCUGCUGCUGCCCGGAGGGCUCGGAAACACUGCUGAGCUUAUACCAAAGAGUCUUAGGACACCUCUCCUCACCUGAGUUGUAAACAAGACAUUUUUACCCCAAGAAGCGUUCCUUCUUUCUACUACUCUUCCUCUUAUCCUCCUCCUCUUCCUCCUCCUUUGUACAUAGGGAUGAAAACUAUGCAUUUAGCAAACAAAGAGAAAGCACUUACCCUUUUCUAUCUCACUGCGUUUGGGUGCAUUCAAAGGCCCAGGGGCUAAUUUUGAGACUUUGCUUAGCCUCCUGGUUUAUUAUUGUGGUGUGGUUAGCUUUACAAUACAUUUGGUAACUAUUUGCUAAAGACAAAGAAGCAAAAGGUAAGGAAUAGCUACUUCCACGUGUUAAAAAAAAAAAAAAAAAAAAAAAAAGAAAAAAAAAAGAAAAAAAAGUGUGUAAAGAUCUACUAUUUAUAGUGUGAACCAAAGACGCUACCUCACUCGAUUUCCAUUGGUGAUUUUAAUCACAUUGAUGAUACCAAAGAAUACCAAAGAUUUUUCAUGCACGGCCUUGGUCUGGAAAGGGAACUCAUCCUCCUUCUUACCCCCAUCCCCUGACCCCCUUCCUCACCUUCACUCAGUGUGUAACCUUGUCUUCAUUCUUAGUGGUAAUGCUAAUAACCUUACAAAUACAUCUCUUGCUACAACUGCUACUACUGACGAUGAUAAGGAUAAUAAUAAUAAUAAUUAAUAAUAAUAAUAAAGCUCUUGGCAAACAUGUUGCAAACUUUGUAAACUCAUAGGACGAGUGCCUUGCUUGAACCAAAGUGUUAAACCGCUGUUGACCUCUUUAUCUCUCACCUUAUACUCUUUGAAUACCUCAGCCUGUUAGAAAGGCCACUAAUGAAAAAAAGGAAUAAUUCUUCACCGUGGUGCUUUUUGCCGUGCAACCAUGCAAUGAAACUUUCUUUGAUACCAAAGGAAAAUGUUUUUUUCCACUUUCUUGCUGACAAACCAAAGGUUCCCUCUUCUUUCCCCCAAAGAAGCUUGAGUCCCUCAGCCCAGACAGGCCGUGCAUCGCUUUUACCAAUUCCUCCAAAUACCUCAUAGUAAUAAAUCUUUAGGGUUAUGUUGUAUAGAGAGUCUAUGUGAUAAGGCAGAACUUACUAGUUUGAUAAUUGUUAAGGUUACUUAAAAAAAAGCUUUAUAAUUCUUAUUUAUUUUGUAGGGGUUGUUUUGUUUGUAUAUUCCUUUUAUAUUGUUUGGUUUGGGUUUGGGUUUCUUCUUUUUCUCCUUUUUUUUUGGCAGAACUUCUCUGUUAUACUCAAGGAAGAUCUUGUUCCUGGGAAUGUUUCAAAGUGGGUAAAGAUCGCUGUUUGCAAUGAAUGCAAGAAAGGGAAACGUGGCUUUGAUUACUUUUGUUUCAACUAGGAUGCUUUGUGUUUGCUAGUCGAUGUUCUUUUCACAGGGUAAAAAAAAAAAUAUUCUCUGCUGUGAUAAAUGGUUCCUAUUUUUUCUCUAUAAUGUGCUGUGACUUUUAAUUUAAUUACAUUUUGUAUACGCUUAUUUAAUCACUGCUUUAAUUUAUGACUAUGUAGUUUAAAAAAAAAAAAAAUUGUAUAUAGUAGAUUCAAAAAUGGCCAAAGCUUUAUGUUACAAUCUUUUCAUUCUUGAUGCUGAGAUGAACUGAAGGAGAGUGCUUCUCUUGACUGCAGGGUGUAUCUUCAGCCUUGUCUUGGCAUGCACUUCCACCCGUGUUACAAACACUGCCAGGUUACCCCCCAGGCCUCCCUUCCCCCCAACUUGUACAUGCCAAAAUGAGUGUUUCAAGGUAGUACUUUUGUCACUUAGAAAGCAGAAAGGCAUUAUUAGUGUGUUUUUCCUUUAAUUUAUUUGUCUUUUUCUAGAAAGAUUGCUUUUGUGGGUGAGACCCGCACAUCCAAAGAAUUUAAAAGUCGUUUAAUGUUUAAAAGCACUGGCAUUUGUGAGAGAUUUUGCUGAGUUUUUAUUUUCCUUCGCCAUUCGCACGGGUAGCGCAAGCGAGUAGCGGGCGCGGGCCUUGGGAGACAAGCGGACUUGAAUCUGGAAACCUUGCUCGAGGAAAGGCUUUUGUGGUGGGACAGCAGAGAGCUUGGGGCCACCCCCGGGCCACCAGCAGGCCACCAGCAGGCAGGGAUGGCACCCUUGGGGCACGGCUGGGCUCGGGGCCGCAGCUCCAGGGAGGACAAGGCAUUCAGAGCUGGAAAGCAAAAAAAAAAAAAAAAAAAAUAAGGAAGGGUAAUGACAAUGAUGCUUCUGCAAAGCUGAUGAUGGCAUCACGGCACAGAGAAUAGGAUGCCACUCACUUGUGUUAUAUUUUGCAUAAAGACUAGGUUCUGGUUCAGCGAAAUGUUGUGUCCUGACACGGUUUGUGGUGGCUGUAAAUAUUUCCUUUCCCGUGCAGUAGCUGAGCCCCAGGUGUACCUCGUUUUCCUUGAGGGGAUAGUGAAGGGGGUGAGGGAGGGAAGGACAAGGGCAGGGUCUGAGCUUUUGGUCAGAAGUUACACUUUCUAGGUACAUUUUUAUACUUGGAGUAUUGCAAUGGGGCAAUAAAGACCCUCUGAAAGGAAGGAUCAUUAAAUGAUCUGUUGGUGGGCAUUGGCUCAGCGUCUGCUUUCAAUACAGGGGCUAAUGCUGUGCAGUGAGCUUCACAUGUAGGGGGAGGCCAAGUGUGAGUCUGUGAUGAGCAUGAGCCAUGGAGCCCUGGACAAACCGUGCUUAGGGAGCCGCGCCCGCCUGUCCCGUUCCGCUAGUUUGGUUUUUCACGGAAUGUUCUGCAUUUCCUGCACUUCCUGCAUCGCCACCGAGGGGCCGCGCUCGUUCUGCAGCCCGAGCAGCGGGGAGCGCUCGGUGCAGCCUUGUCUGAGCCUUGCCCGGGGAGCUGCGAGCAGCCCCGCCACAGACAAUCACAGCUCCCAGCUCCGCAGGGCUAGGAAACCUUCCCAGAGCAAGCGGGAGUUCUUCCAGAGCAACGGAACAAAACAAAAAAACAAAAAAAACAAAAAAAACAAAAAAAAAAAAAAAAGAAAAAAAAGAAAAAAAAAGAAAAAAAAAGAAAUUUAAAAAAAAAAAAAAAAGAAAAAUAAUGAAUACGAAGCGAAGAUUUUGCUAAAGCCCUUUGCUGCCAUCUUUAGUUCGCCCAUUAGGAAGCAGCAGUAGUUUAUGCGUUGCAUCUGCAUUUCAGACUAAAUGAUUAUUGUACCUAAUUACGGUUGAUUGCUGAUAUUUCCUCACUCUCUCUCUUAGUCAAGCGCUUCUUCUGUAUUUUUGUGUGUAGCGAUGACAAGUGCAGUGCGCUAGGCAUUGCCCUGGGUUGGGUAUGAGUAUCUCCUGUACUGCGUUAAGGUUUCCUUAAGUUACUUUUUUUAAGCUUUGCUACUGUUCUCACUUUAUGCCGUGCAAUAUCAUCUGCUGUGUUUGCUAAGCAAAAAAAUUAAAAAAAAAAGAAAAAAAGAAAAAAAGAGAAAAAGUUAAAAAAAAGAAAAAAGCAAGUGAUGAUGUCAUCAUGCUUUUCAGUGUUACAAUGUUUCAGCGUUACAAUGUUUCAGCGUUUAUGUAGUCACAAAAAUGUAGUAAAUAAAAGGUUGGAUUUUCCAGCACUUUAAAUUUA